AUGCCCCCCCGACGAUCCACCUCCCGAGCCAGCUCCAAGCCUCCCUCCAAGGCCACAUCCAGAGCUGCCUCUGCCAAACCCGUCUCGAAAGCCGCCCCCAAGGCCGCCUCAAAGCUUGACAAGGUCCCAGAAGCCUCAGUACCUGUUGUCAACGGCAACAAAAAGCGCCGAAAGGUCUCUGAUGCCCACGAGCCCCCUGCGAAGAAGGGCAGGGUCAGCUCUGCGGCUGGCAGCAAGAUCAAGAAGGGGGAGGUGAACCAGAUUCCUGCUAUCCCUGCCGUGUCUGAGCCCCACAAUGCCCUCUUUGUAUGGGGUACCGGCGACCAAGGCCAAUUCGGUCUUGGCCCCGACCUCCUCGAGGAAAUCGCCAGACCCAAGAUUCACACCUGGCUCGAGGAGCAGAGCGAAGAGGGAAAGCUGAGUCGGGAUGGCAAGCCUGGUGGUGGGCUCGAGUCUGUCGACUGUGGUGGUAUGCACACUCUCGCUAUUGAUGAAGGUGGAAGAGUCAGAUCUUGGGGUAUUAACGACAAUGCCGCUCUUGGUCGUAUCACCGUCGACGUCCCCGACCCUUCAGACCCCUCCAAGGCUAUUGAGAACGAAGAGCUCGAGACCUACCCCUUCGUCGUCGAGACCCUCGAGAAGGAAGGGUUCAGGGCUGUUCAGGUCGCCGCUGGUGACAGUAUCAGUGUCGCCAUCUCUGACAAGGGAGAGCUUCGUGCUUGGGGAUCUUUCCGAUCCAAUGACGGCGUCCUCGGUUUCGACGGCGUGCCCGGCCACCCCAAAUUCCAAUUCACCCCCAUCUCCCUCCCCGCCCUCGCCAAAGUCCAAAUCACCCAAGUUUCCUGCGGCGCCGACCACGUGCUCGCCGUCACUACCGCUGGCCACGUCUACGUCUGGGGUAAAGGCGAGGAGAACCAGCUCGGCCGACGAAUCAUUUCGCGCCGAAGGAUCAACGGGCUCGAGCCUGAGCGAUUGGGCUUGAGGAACAUUAUUCAUGUGGCUACUGGUAUCUACCACUCGUUUGCGCUCGACAAGGAUGGUGUGGUGUAUGGCUGGGGUUUGAACACGUUCAAGCAGACUGGUGUGACGGAUGGCGAUGAUAUGGUCAUCACUCCCACUCCCGUCGACGCCCUUCGCCCCGAGAACCACAACGGCAGCAAGGUCAUCCAGAUCGAGGGUGGUGAACACCACUCCCUCUUCCUCUUCGACAACGGCGAGGUAUGGGGCUGCGGCCGUUGUGAUGCCAACGAGCUCGGUCUUCCUUCCGAUCACCCCGCUCAAGAAGGUAUCAAGGAGCGUCGUCAGGAGCUGCAAGAGUACAGAGAGGAGAAGGUGACGCAGAGGCAGAAGAAGCUUGAUGAGAUCUUGCAAAAGGGCGACAAGGUGGAUGAGGAUGACAAGGCGAAGGCUGAGCAAGAGUUGGAAGAGGCCAAGGUGGCUUUGAAGUUGCCUCCUUCUGGUGAAUACGUCCCUGAACCUGUCCGAAUCGCUUUCCCUCCCAUCCCCGAGUCUUAUGAAGUCGUCCCCGAGUUCCCCGCCUGGAAAGACUCUAAAUCCGAAGACAACCCCAUCAUCAGCAUAUCUGCUGGUACCCGACACAACCUUGCCGUCUCGAAAUCUGGUCAUCUUUAUGCGUGGGGUCUUGGGAACCAGGGGCAGUUGGGCUUGGGAAGCGAGGAGGAUGCUGAGGUGCCGAGUUUGGUUAGGAGCAAGCUUCUUCGGCCGUACAAAUCGCUUACGCCUUCUGCUGGUGGUCAGCACUGCGUUGUGCUAGGCACCAAGAAGCCCGAGGAUGAGCAGGAUUAG